GAGGGCACAAUGCGUGGCAAAACAAAAAACCCCAAACCCAAAUAUCAGGGCUGUCCCCGCCCUUCUUCCUCCCUCGCUAUCAGUUACUGGAGAAGGCGGUUCGCUGAGCGUAGCGGAAUUUUAGAUUUCCUCCUUUCCCACGUUAUGGCUGAUUCUUCGGGUCUAUCCCAUCAAAAACUUAGGAAUUAUGUUCAGAUGUAAAGCUUUUCGUUUGGCAGAGAUACGUUGGUUUAAAUGGGCAAAGAAAAACAUUACUUGUGUUCAGCGCUGCAAGACUAACCGAAAGAGCACUGGGGAAACACUACUAAGUGCAUAUCAACCCACGAUUAUGGAAAAAGAACUGCCCAGUGUUUUGAUCUCUGAAAUAGGCGGUGCAUUUGGUAUAUUAGAAAGCCACGUAGAGUUUCUCAAGAAGCAUUUCAAUCUCGUCACCAUGAAGGAAUUUCAGAAAAGCAAAGAAGAAUCCCAUGAAAAGAUCAAAUCUGUUUUUGUAUUUGAGCGUCUACCAGCCAUUGACCAGGAGCUUCUUGAAAGCCUGCCCAACCUAAAGGUGAUUGGAAACUCAGGAGUAGGAGUGAAUCAUUUGAAUCUGAAAUUAAUUAGUAGCUUUGGAGUUAAAGUGACCAACACUCCACACGCUGUUUCUGAUUCUACUGCGGACAUUGGGAUGGCAUUAAUGUUAGCAUCUGCCAGAAGAUUAGUUGAAGGUUGUCAUCUUGCAAUGUCUCCAGAUACUACGAAUUUUGCUGUUAAUUGGCUAGGAGUAGAAGUCAGCAGGGCCACUCUUGGUAUCAUUGGAAUGGGCAACAUUGGUUAUAAAGUGGCCAAGAGGGCAAAGGCUUUUGACAUGAAGAUUCUCUAUCACAAUAGGAAUCGGAGAAAAGAGGAAAAAGAACAAGAGGUUGGUGCCGUGUAUUGUAAAAACAUUGAUGACUUGCUUCAACAGUCUGAUUUUGUGAUGCUGGUUGUAAAUUUGACAUCAGAGACUCACAAUCUCAUAGGAAAGAGAGAGCUAGAACUGAUGAAACCCACAGCUACACUCAUCAAUAUCUGCAGAGGUGCAGUUAUUGACCAUGAUGCAUUGGUAGAAGCUCUCCAAAAUAAGGUUAUUAAGGCUGCAGCUCUGGAUGUGACCUAUCCUGAGCCAUUGCCAAGAGAUCACUUGCUAUUGCAGAUGAAGAAUGUCAUCAUAACACCCCACAUUGGCACUGCUACAGACCAAGCCCUGCUCAUGAUGACAGAAGAAGCAGUAGAAAACAUCCUGGCAGUUCUCAAUGAUCUUCCCAUUCCUAGUGAAGUGAUCUCCAAAUGACUUGACUGAGAAUAUACAAAAAGAAAAAAAAUCCAUUAAUUAUCAAGAACAGGAGAUUAACUUCUGAGAAAUAUGACAAAUAGCCAGACGACAUAUUCCUAUCAGUUUCAAAAUAUGUGACUGUGAUUAUUUUUUGUAAUUAAUUCUGUACGCCGCCCAGAGUCACUUCAAAACAAGAUGGGUGGCAAAUAAAUUUAAUAAAUAAAUAAUUAAAAUCCCAUUGAAAAAAA